GUAAACCAGACUGUAGUUCAUCAUGAAACUAGUCACAGUUGUAUUGCUUCUCGUGGUGGUCCUGUAUGUGGUUACUUCGGUGAACGCGCAAGGACGCAGACCACCUCGACCACCUGGAACAUCACCAGGUAGACCUAGACCUACUACAAGGCGUACUACGGUACGAACUACAAGACGUACUACUGGAAGAACAACGAGACGUACCACUGGAAGAACAACAAGGCGGACUACUGGAAGAUCUACAAGACGUAGCACUAGAAGAUCAACGAGGCGGACAACUGGAAGAACUACGAGACGUAGCACUAGAAGAACUACGAGACGGACAACUGGAAGAACUACAAGACGUAGCACAAGAAGAACAACAAGGCGGACAACAAGGCGGACUACUAGUAGACCAAGCUGCAAUGAAGUGUGUACAGAUGACUUCCAACCUGUUUGUGGAACAGUCGUUCGUGACGGAAGGAUCAUAAACUGUAAUUUUAGCAAUCAAUGUAACCUUGAUAAUCACAGCUGUCAAAGACGGGAAGUUUGGACAUCAACCCGUGGUAACUGCGCUCAAAAGUCCAGCAACAGAGACUGCGCUUAGUUUGAGAAUCAACAAUAAAAUACAAAACGAUUUAUGUAUAUUGGGAAUUAAAAAUAUGUUCAACUAAAAAAA